AUGGCCCAGGCUGUGGCGAAAGUUGCCAGACGGAUUAAUUCCACUGUGGAAGAGGGAAAAGACUCAGUAGAUCUCUCAGGCUGCAAUUUGAUUAGUUUUCCAGACGGAGUCUUCAAAAUGCUGAGAAGUGUGACACCAAAUAUACACAAAAUAACUCUGGCCAACAACGAACUGAAAGCUUUGAGCAGCAAGUUUUUCUCUACUUUCACCCAUUUACGAGAAUUGGACUUGCAAGGCAAUGUACUCAGCAAGCUACCAGACGAGCUGGGAGUAAUGGAGCAUUUGAUUAGCAUCAACUUGUCCAACAACAAAUUCACCAUAUUCCCCUUAGGACUCACACAAGUUCCCAGUCUCCAGCAUAUCAAUCUAGAGGGCAACGGGAUUGCUGAGCUGCCAUUGGAGAAGCUUUCUGCGAUGCCGGCUCUGAGAUGUGUUGACAUGCGGUCCAAUCCUCUGGAUAAAGGCUCAGCAUCAGUGGCCCAGACGUCCCUUAGCUUUGAACUGCUCACCCAAUAG